AUGUUGUUUACGCACGCUAUUCUUGCGGCUCUGGCUGCCGGUGUCUUUGGACAUGGUGUCGUACAGACCCCGGAGCCCAGAGCGGCAGGCGCGAAGCAGGAGGAGCUUUGCGGAACCGCAGUAACCAACAAACUCGACAGCGAUACCGCCGGUCCUAUCGAAAACUCCCUUGCGGUGGCGGACGCCGACUACAAGUGCAACCUGUACCAAUGCCGUGGCUACCAAUAUGAGGACAACGAGGACAACGUUCGCGCCGUCAAGGCCGGAGAGGUUAUCCCCUUCCACAUCGACCUUGUUGCCGGUCACAGACCGGGACACGCCAACAUCUCGGUGAUCGACCUCGCAAACAACACCAUCAUCGGCGAGCCGCUCAUUUCGUGGUCUGACUGGCCGACUACCGACCCCGAUCCCUUGGCUGAUACUGACUGGAACAUCACCAUCCCCGACACCCUGGCAUCCGCUUGCGACGUGGGUGGCAAGUGCGCAAUCCAGUGGUUCUGGUACGCCGAAACCAACAAGCAGACUUACGAGAGCUGCGUCGACUUCUACAUUGAAGCAUAG